AUGCCUCUUGUUAGCACUACCGAAGUCAACGAGGACACUCGUGUCCUCGGCUACGACCCUUUGCUGUCGCCACAAUUCCUUCAGACUGAGAUCCCCGCGCACGAGCGUGCCAUGCAAACCGUCCGUCGCGGCCGCAAUGAAGCCAUCGAGAUCAUUGAGCAGCGCGAUGAUCGUCUGCUCGUCAUGGUCGGUCCCUGCUCUAUUCACGAUCCCGACACGGCGCUCGAGUACGCCCGCCGUCUGAAGGAAGUCUCCGAUAAGCUCUCCAAGGACCUUUGCAUCAUCAUGCGGGCCUACCUGGAGAAGCCCCGCACCACCGUGGGCUGGAAGGGUCUGAUCAACGAUCCCGAUAUCGACGAGACCUUCAACAUCAACAAGGGUCUACGGGUCUCCCGCAAGCUCUAUGUCGACCUCACCAGUGCCGGGCUCCCCAUCGCCUCCGAGAUGCUCGACACCAUCUCCCCCCAGUUCCUUGCGGAUCUCAUUUCCCUCGGUGCCAUCGGCGCCCGCACCACUGAGUCCCAGCUCCACCGGGAGCUGGCCUCUGGCCUCUCCUUCCCCAUCGGGUACAAGAACGGGACCGAUGGCAACUUGGGUGUGGCUAUCGAUGCCAUCGGUGCGGCGGCCCACCCGCACCGUUUCCUCGGUGUGACCAAACAGGGUCUCGCGGCCAUCACCAAGACUGCGGGUAACGAGCAUGGUUUCGUCAUCCUGCGUGGCGGGAACAAGGGCACUAACUACGACCGGGAAAGCAUUCGCGCCGCGCGGGAGGCUCUCCGGGCCAAGAAGCAGCGCGAGGUUCUCAUGGUGGACUGCUCUCACGGCAACUCCAAGAAGAACCACCUCAACCAGCCCUUGGUCGCCAAGGAGGUCGCUGAUCAGCUGCGCGAGGGCGAGACCGGCAUUAUCGGUGUCAUGAUCGAGUCCAACAUCUACGAGGGUAACCAGAAGGUUCCUCCCGAGGGACCCUCUGCCCUCCUGCGCGGUGUCAGCAUCACCGAUGCUUGCAUCAACUGGGAAAUGACCCUGGAUGUUCUGAACGACCUGGCUGAUGGUGUGCGCGGUCGUCGGGCCUGCCUCGCGGCCAAGACCAACGGUGCCAACGGCACGCACUAA